UAUUUGGCAACGUUGUGGAAGGGGAAUGGUUAAAGCAAGUGCAGGUCUCAACGUGACUUCGACUUUUUACAGUAGCCCACGAAAUCGAAAUGUCCGGACCGAUUAUUGUUCUUAGUCAGAAUACCAAGAGGGAGAGUGGAAAGAAGGUUCAGAUAGAUAAUAUCACAGCCGGCAAGACUGUGGCAGAUGUCAUUCGAACAUGUCUUGGACCACGGGCAAUGCUGAAAAUGCUGAUGGAUCCUAUGGGUGGUAUUGUUUUAACUAAUGAUGGUAAUGCCAUUCUUAGAGAAAUCACUGUCCAGCACCCAGCUGCUAAGUCUAUGAUUGAGAUCUCUCGCACUCAGGAUGAGGAGGUUGGAGAUGGUACUACAUCAGUUAUUAUUCUAGCUGGAGAAGUUCUUGCUGUUUCAGAACCCUUCUUGCAGCAACAAAUGCAUCCUACUUUAAUCAUUUCUGCCUACCGUCAAGCCUUGGAAGAUGCUGUUACAGUUCUAAGGGAUCAAAUCAGCACGCCUGUGGAUAUCAAUGAUCGGUCUCAGUUGUUGUCCAUCAUCAAAUCAUGCCUAGGAACUAAAUUUAUUAAUCGCUGGUCUGAGCAAGCUUGUCAAAUUGCUCUCGAUGCCGUGAGCACAGUCGUAGUUGACGAGAAUGGACGUCGGGAAAUCGAUAUCAAGCGAUAUGCUAAAGUUGAAAAGGUUCCUGGAGGUACCAUGGAAGAUUCUUGCGUUUUGCGGGGAGUUAUGUUGAACAAGGAUGUUACUCACCCAAAAAUGCGUCGUCAUAUCGUUAAGCCACGCAUAUUGUUGCUAGAUUGCAACUUGGAAUACAAGAAAGGGGAAAGUCAGACAAACAUCGAGAUCAUGAAAGAAGAAGAUUUCACUCGUAUUCUAGAACUUGAGGAAGAGUAUGUCCAAAAAACAUGCGAAGAUAUCAUCCGAGUAAAGCCUGAUAUCGUUUUCACUGAAAAGGGUGUUUCAGAUUUGGCUCAGCAUUACCUGGUCAAGGCUGGUAUCACUGCUAUCCGUCGCGUGAGGAAAUCGGACAACAACCGUAUUGCCCGUGCCUCUGGAGCUACAAUUGUUAACCGUACUGAUGAAAUUCGCGAGGAAGACAUCGGCACAAAAGCUGGUCUUUUUGAAAUUAAAAAGAUUGGCGAUGAGUACUUCUGCUUUGUGGUCGAGUGCGAAGAUCCCAAAGCUUGCACGAUUCUUCUACGCGGAGCUUCAAAAGACGUUCUGAAUGAAGUGGAGCGAAAUUUGCAAGACGCCAUGAACGUUACCCGAAAUGUUCUUUUGGAACCUAAACUUGUUCCUGGAGGCGGUGCUUCUGAGAUGGCUUUGGCAUACGCUCUGGCUGAGAAAGCAAAGAGUUUGACUGGUGUAACUCAGGCGCCUUACCGAGCAAUUGCUCAAGCCCUCGAAGUGAUUCCUAGAACUCUGGCACAAAACUGUGGUGCUACCGUCAUUCGAACUCUGACUGCUCUGCGAGCCAAACAUGCUACUGGCGAAUCAACUUGGGGUAUCAAUGGCGAAACCGGUGAACUGGCUGAUAUGAAGGAUCUAGGAAUUUGGGAUCCUCUUGCCGUUAAACUUCAAGUCCUUAAGACAGCUGUUGAGACUGCAAUUCUGCUUUUGCGUAUCGACGACAUCGUUUCGGGAUCCAAAAAGAAGGGUGCUGAUAGUUCAGCUCCUGCUCCCGGCGCCGCAGCUGAUCAAGAGGCCAUGCGUGAAUAAGAAGCCAACAUGAUCCCGUGAUCUUUGUGGAACUCUCAUGGCGAACGAUAAAUAAUAAUACAAUGGCUUCAAUCAUUCACGCUUCUGCUAUGCGACUAACGUUUGGCUACAUUUCGUUCUUGUCAACUUCCUGAGUAAUUAAUUGAUCUUCUGUUGGCAUAGUAUGUCACGCUUGCAUCAUCUUCGUGAACAAAAUACACCAUUUUUGCUCAUA